AUGAGUCUCGAGGGUUUCACGCAGAAUGAACUGCAGCAGCUCCAAGCCAAAAUCGCCCUGCUCAAAUCCCUCAACGAGACCCCCACCUUCCCGACCGAGAACCGUCCACCUGAAACGGGCGACGGUGGUCAUGACCUACCACCCCGAGUCUUGAGCUUUCACCAGGAGAAAGCACUCGCGGAAGGGUUUGCGUUUCUCGCCAGCACGACCGACGACGCGGGCAAGGUCAUUGCCCUUUGCAUCGAGGAGGGCCAAGAUCGAAAGUCGAUGAAGAUCGUGUUGGCCGUGAACAAUGGCAACAUCAGCGAGGUAUCGCGAGGCUUCCGAAAGAUCGCGGACAGCCUUCAAGCAGUGGCCCGGGAGGGACCAAAGGGUACUGAUGAUCCCCUGCCUAUCUCAUCGCAAGCGGUGCGCUUGAACCAGAAUCGGAUCCUGUGCCGAUUGCGAUCGCAGCACGGGAGCUCCAGAGCCAGGAACAGCCGACUGAAGGCUGACCGGCCGAAACCCAUCGACUCGCUAAUGCGUGUGGCAUCAAGCACACCGAGAGGCGACGGCAUCAACCCAGAUCUGUUGAAAGCGUUCCAGCAAGAUGUGCACCAGCUACAUUCUCUUUUCGUGCGACGGGUACAUAACUCGUGUAUCUUGGGAACAGCACUCGAACUUACCGACGAAAAUGUCAGCACCAAGCAGUACCUGAGACGCAUAGUUGUCAAGUUGGCCCGCUACAUCUCUACCACCGCAUUCCUGGUCCAGUCAGCUACCCGGCGAACGGUGUUUGCCCACAUUCACAUAUCAGUGGUCAAGGCUCAGGUAUUGCGAAUGCAGCCCAUCCUCCAGCCAGAUCGCUUCGUCACCGGAUUGUUGAGCGACGUGUACGGAUCCGCGCGCGUUCAAAGCCCUCUUUCUAAAUUGAGAGCUCGCCUCGGACGUGAGACGCUCAACCACGCAGCUUUCUGCAGCAACGUCUCGUCCAAACCGUUUGUGGUCCAUGCCGAAGUCCAGAUCGUGGCUCAUUACGAGUCGCGAGAUGCCGUUCUGCCACCGAGGGUUAUUUGCUCGAGCAAGAAGGCCUGCUUCCUCUGCAAUCUUUUCAUCGGCCUACAUGGAAAGUUCUUUACGCCAACCAGCCACGGCCGGGUCUACGACACCUGGACUCUUCCCGCGGAGCAGCCGAUCGCGAACGCAUCGCAAAGUCACACGUGCAGUGAUGAACUGGCGAGGGCAUUCCGACGGCUCAGCACUGCGAUCGGCGAGAUGGUCGCGAAAGAGACCUGGUCACGUGGAACCCGCCACGCCCACCCCAACGAGAGUCUGAUUUUCCCUACACCCGUCGCGUCUGAGAUAGUCUUGAUCCAUCCUGUGGCCGACAAGCAUCCUGUAGGCGAGAUACACCCCGUGGCCGAAGCAAUCGUGGACUCGGGAUACGAAGGCGAGGAGCAGAAAGCACAUUUGCCUCACCCACAGGCCGCACAGCUGGACGUCUCUGCCACCAUGUCAACAGCUCCCCUUAUCGGUCCCGUACAUGAUGAAGAAGACCGCGCGGCGCCCUUGCCUACGCCAUUCGCGGAACUCAACCGGGCGAAGAAAGCCAGACAACGCACGAGACAGGUACCGUACACCAGGCUGGUCAAAGGAGAGCCUUUCUCGUUUGAACUGUCUCCGAGCUCGCGAAUGGCCAAAGCCAGCACACCCCGCCUCCACCUGGCCUUCUCGCAUGCUGUCUGGUCCUCGAGGAGCCAGACCUCACUCACGGGUUCUCCACUCAUGGAUUCCGACCUGGAUUCCGAAGAUGUCGUUGCUACUUCAUGUACGCUGAAGCUGACAUGGCUCCCGGACUCGCAGAAGCUGGAGGUGGGAUGGCCGGUCGUUGACUUCGGCGUCGUGCCGCCUGGGUCGAAAUCAGCACUUGAUCGACAUGCUGGAUCCGGUCACUUUUAUAUCCGAAAGACAUCGGAUACGGUGUCUGUGGAAACGGUCUAUGAGCUGGAGAACUGA